AUGAUGGGCAGCAAGAUGGCGUCUGCCACCAGUGUGGUUCAGGUAGUAAAGCCACAUGCUCCACUGAUAAGGAUCCCUAACAGAAGAGACAAUCCUAAACUUAGUGCCUCAGAAGCUAUGAGAUCAGCAGGGCUCCUGCCCCACCCUAUAAUCACACAGCAUUCUAAAGGAGGUAAAGCCCCAGGUUUGCUGAUGCAUCAGGGUCCACCAGACACUGCAGACAUAAUCAAAACCUUACCUCAGAAAUACAGAAGGAAACUCAUCUCUCAAGAAGAAAUGGAAUUUAUCCAACGUGGAGGUCCAGAAUGAUCCUUGUG